AUGUUGAGCUUCGUCACAAGCAGGUCGUAUUUAGUGUCCACCACAGCAACUGACUUGUCAGCACAGUCAGAACUGCGUCCCCGCGAGGAUGUGACUCGUCUUGUCGAGAAAGAGAUGCAAGAAGUGGAAGAGGUUAUUCGCGGCAUUUACCCCGAGGCCGCCUUCAUCGAGUGGGAGCCUGAUAGCAAAGAGUCGGAGAUGCGUGCCGUGUUGAGUGUGCAGACAAAGUCUUCCCGUACGAGCGAGCGUGAAGCCAUCACGCGAGCGCUGGCACUGCUUGCGCGGACAUUAGAGCGGAAGACAACAGGAGCUGAUCGUCCAGCUACUACCGGCACGAGUGAAUACAUGUUCAGUGGUGGUACGUGUGAAGUGUGCAAUUGCUUGUGUUCAAUUGGCGUUGAAAACUACGGCUAA